CGUAGCCGAACGCUGGUAUUUUCUAGAGGCUUCAUGGCGUUUCUGCACUCACAGAAGCUCGUGCAGCUUCGAGCAGCAAUAGCAGCACUCUGAGCUAGCUGCUCGAUUGUUUGUAUACCUGUUAAAAUCAGCCUUCACGGUAUUGUUUUUGUCAGAGAACAGAUCUGAGCCAGUGACACUGGAGACGCAGAAAGUGGGAGGUGGCUGCUCAGCUGACGAGAAGAACAGAACCUAAAAAAAAAACAAGGAGGCUAUCUGAACAAACUCAGCUAAAACGAGCCGAGUGAAGCUGCUGAACCGUUAGCUGGACCAAAGACAACGGGUGGUGUUUCGAGGAGUGACAGGAAGUGACAUGGUUGAUUACUAUAACAUCCUGGGAGUUCCCAGAACAGCCACGCAGGAUGAAAUCAAGAAAGCGUACAGGAAACUGGCUUUGAAAUGGCAUCCUGACAAAAAUCCAGAAAACAAGGAGGAGGCUGAAAGAAAAUUCAAAGAACUGGCUGAGGCCUAUGAAGUCCUGUCUGACAAGAGCMGACGUGAAGCAUAUGACAGAUAUGGUAACGACAGAAUGCCACACUCAGGUUCCUCCACCACAGACUUCUCAGAUUUCCCAGGGUUUACAUUCACAUUCCGCAAUCCAGAUGAGGUGUUCAGAGAGUUUUUUGGGGGACAGGAUCCCUUUGCUAGUUUUUUUGAUGACUUUCCAGCUUUUGGAGGCUCUUCACGUCCUGGCCCAAGUCGAUUUUUCUCCUCUCCUUCAGCUGGAGUUGAAUUUAGCUCGUUUUCUUCUUCCUUCGGUGGUCUGGAUGGGAUGGGCAGUAUGGGAGGAGGGAUGAGCAACUUCAAAUCCRUUUCUACUUCCACUCGCAUUGUCAAUGGGAAACGCACCACCACCAAAACAAUAAAGGAGAAUGGGCAGGAGAGAGUAGAGAUUGAGGAGGAUGGGGUGUUGAAAAGCGUCCUGAUUAAUGGUGUGGAGGAUGAAAUGGCCCUCGCUCUGGAGCUUAGUCGAAGAGAAGACCAGCCCCAUCAGUCCUCUCAGAAGCCACAAAUCCAGAACAGACCGGCGGGCAUGUCUGACAGAUAUCGCCCAAGUCCUUAUUCUGCACCAGCACAGCGGUCAUUUAGCGCAGCCCCCGGCUACCAGUACAUGGACCCGCAAGGAAACGAGGAUGACGAGGAAGAUGAAGACCUUCAGAUGGCUUUGGCAUACAGCCUGUCAGAAAUGGAAGCUCAGCAGAGAGCCAGUGCCACCGACUCCAUAUCAGGUGCUGGGGGUAGGGGAGGAGCCAAACAUGACCAAACUGUGGGCUACAAAAAAGGGGAGGUUGCUAAUGGAAAACAUCAGAAUUUGUCCAAUGGUCACAAAAUAGUUGCAGGGGGGCAAGAUGGUGGGAGCCAGUUAAAAGUGGACUUGGGGUCUGGAGAUAGUCCGAAAACAAAAAGAACCAGGCAGCCGGCUUGCUCCUCUGAGUCAGCUGCCAGCGCUAAACUGCYGAGCAGUUACAGUGAAGAAAAAUCACAACCUGCAGCAAAAACCUCCAAGGACCCCUCAAAACAGAAAAAGUGUGGAUGUGUUGUGUGCUAAUUUACUUUUUAAUAAACUUAAAUCAGUGUCGGCAAACACCCACUCUCUGGGAUUGCUCGACUCUUUGAGGCUGCGCCUAAAUAAGGAAAGUCUAAACACCCCAAAAAGGAACAUACUUGAAGCUUCCUUUUUGGUGUUUUUUUUUAAUGAACAGCCUCGAUAAAUCCACAUGAUUUGUUAAAAAGCUAAAGGUAAAACAAAAUGUUUUGUUUGAGGAGAACAAAGAAAGUGUAGCUUUAGAAUGGACAUGAAUGUGCCAAAUGUUUUUCUAAACUGAAAGGAGUGACUCUAAAGGUAGAGUUAGGUGGGAAGGACAUGAUCUGGGAUGAGUUAGGAUUUUUGUUAUUAUUGAAUUAAGUGAGAACAAUCUGGAAUGGACUUGAGUUUGGGAUGGAUGCUGUAUGUGAGAAAAUGGGAAUGUGUUGGACAUUUGUUUGUUGAGAUACAAAUUAGUUUAAGGCAUUACAAUAAUACAAUGUGUGUGUUAGGGUCAGCUGAAACCCUGCCACAGAACCUUCUCUUUCAGAUUCCCCGGCAAAACAAAAGUGACCGAGCUGUGUCACACACAUGCAAGGCUGGAACAAUCCACUGACAUCAAAAACAGACCACUGGGUGAUUUUUAUGGCCCAAACUUUGAUUAAAGAAGUCCUUUAUAUGCAAAAAAUAUAUAUUUAUUUCUGGAAAAAUGUAGCCAUGUAAAGCACAUGARUCUUUAUUUUAAAGUGCUAUAAAAUCAAAUAUUAAAGCACUUUCAGUAACAUGACA